AUGUCAGACACAUGUAUUGUGUGCUUAGGCGACCUUGGCGAAGGCGACAACCACAGUAUCGAUGCCGCUGACGUUGUGCCAAGACCAGACACAGAAGAGAGCGACGCCUCCAAGGAGAGCAGGGGCACAGAGGCUGUCGAGGUCGCCCACCUACUUCCUUGCGGCCAUAACCUGCAUAACGAUUGCCUGAAGCCAUGGGUGGAACGGGCAAACAGCUGUCCCAUUUGUAGACAGAACUUCAAUGUGGUCGAAUUAUUAUCCAAGGUCGGAGGCCCUGCCAUCUCGUCAUACGUUGUUGAAGAUCGCGUUCAGGUUGCCGAUAUCGAUCCAUCUAUGAUAGUGGAUGAUUUGCUUGAUCAACCGGAUGACUUUCAGCCGUGCCCAAUCUGUGGUGAUGACGACAACGAGACUGUGCUCGUCCUAUGCGAUGGAUGCAAUAUUGCGUCUCAUACUUAUUGCGUUGGCCUGGAUUCCGUCCCUUCUGGAGAAUGGUUUUGCGUCCAAUGUGAGUCCCGGCGCGUCCGCACGCCUGCCCAGCUCUCCCAAUCCCGGAGCCGUCGACGCACCCGGGCAGAUCAACGUAGGGCUCGGAAUAACAACCAGGUGCAUGCCUUUAACUGGGCCCGAGUGUGGCAAUCCGUCUGGUACCAGCUCAACCUCGACCUUGAUUUUCCAUUUGAUGACGAGGAUGCGGCAGAGCGUAUUCUACAGCAACAGAGAUACGAUGCUUCGGAUACGAGAGAGUCUAGAGCUUGGGAACAGAGAUCUCGAGUUGCUGAACGGCAAGGUGGAUCGAAUCGAUUCAGGGAAGCCGUCCCUGCUCUACUCGAGAUGCGAAGAGGCUGGCCAUCGCGCCCGCGGCCUAGAAUUCAAACCCCUGAGCCGGAAUCUGUGGAUGAAAUCAGAGCAUGGAACGCUUUUGAGCGAGCCAAUGCUAUUCAAGAAGGGCCAACUCUCAACCGACGAAAGAGAAAAUCCCCAACUGCGUCUCCAGUUGAGCCGGAGCCAACUCAGCCGGAAAGAAAGCUAAAACGGCCGCGGACUAAACGCCCAGAGGCCCUGGCAGACAUCCUUGACCACGGAGGAGAGUCAUCAAGCCGUAGCCGACUAGCCAAUACCGAUGACCACAGCCUCCCCGGCCACUCUCCACCUUCCGGACCUAGUUUCCUUCAAUCCUUACUCAAGGAAGUUGAAGAGUCCUCCACACCCAACGUGAAUAAUCCUCCAUAUCGGCUUACCCCCUUAUCCUAUAACCCUACCAACAUAAGCUCUUCCGGCCCAUCGUCACCUGCACUAUCCCCACUUUCCUCCAGCCGCUCCUCUUCCCGCCCAUCAUCUAUCACACCACCUCCUCACAACCAUUCUUCGAACCCCCUCGACCCUGUCCCAAGCGACCCCGACUUCUCCUCUCCAGAAUUCUCUCCUUCCCGCUCUCCUCCACCCCCACCAAAUCCAUUAUCAACAGAAAACACAAAACAUCCCCGGGGCCGCAUUUCCGCCGCCUUCUCAGCCCACCACGACCUCUCCCCUUCACCUCCUCAUCUGCGUUCUGAUGAAACUUCACCGGCUCGCGGCCUAUCUCUCUCUACCAAAUCUCGUCUCCAAAAGAUGGUCAGCUCUGUUUUGAAGCCGUAUUAUCGUCGGAACGAGGUAUCUAAAGAAGAAUAUACCGAUAUCAACCGCAGGAUAUCCCGCCUUCUGUACGACCAGGUGGAUGCUUCUGGUGUUCUUGACUCUGAGACCAAGUCAAAACUCGCUAUCAUUGCAAGUGAGGAGGUCAACAAAGCAAUUUCAAUUCUACGGGAUCUAAGGUCCAACGAAGCCAGCGAUAGUAGUGGCGCGGGAUCGGCGCUGGCUUCGUCCUGA